AGUUGUUCAACAUGCCAACAUCAAACAAGUUAAUACUUAAUAUGUAUAAAACUCAUUUACUUGGUGCCGCUUGUUUAGUUGUUUAGUUGUCAUCCAGACAUUAAUACAUAGUUGAGUUUUAUUUUUUUGUCUAUUGUAUUAUUAUAUCUAUUUUUUUUUUAAAUUAUAUAAAUAACAUAAUGUGAUUUUAUUUAUUUAUAUCAAGAUUACUUAACACGUGGUUUUACACAUAACUUAUAGACAGCCAACGAUUCUUAUCAUUUGAGAGUUGAUAAGAAUAAAAUAAAUAGGUUUAUAGAGGUAAUAAUAAACCUAAUUUAUAAUUUUAUUGCCAAUGACAAAUUGAGUUGAAAAAUAAUCAAUAAUAAUGGCACUAGCAAAGAUUAAAAAUUUUCUUGAUAGUGGUUUAAAAAGUGUAACACAACCACUUGAUCGUACAGUGACAUUGGAACCAGAAAUUGGCCUGAGAAUAAUUCAUUCACCAAAUGAUAAAACACUCAAAGUAACUGUCAUUGGUGCAAGACAUUUACCACAAAAUUUCGGCUUCACCAGGGUCAACAGUUACAUUGUCAAGAUAAAAUUUUUCCCAGGAAAAGAUAAAUUUGAAACAACAAGUAAAAGUGAAUCAUGGCCAGUAUGGAAUGAAGAAUUUACGAUUUCACUUCGUAAAGAAACUAAAAUACGUUUUGGAAAAUCAAAAGUAUCAGAGGAAACAAUUGAUGGAUCGAAAUUAAUAAUUGCAACAUUAUACGCAAUUUUAGAAGACAAACCAUUGAUAGGAACUGAUAAAAAAGAUACAGAAAAAAAAAAAUUAGAUGGAAUAUUAAAAAAAGAUAAUAAAAAAAAUAAAGACACAACUGUUAACAAUGAUGCAUCAAGCUCUCAAGAGCCAAAAACACCAAAUAAAUUUUUAAAUAAAUUUUUUAGUAAAAACGAAGAUAAAGAUGAUAAAAUUCCAGAAAGAAGAAAAGUUGAUCAUAGAAGAACAAUUGGUGCAACAACAAUACCAUUGGAUUUAAAAAAUUUUACAAUAAAACCAUCAAAAUGUCAUGCUGAUGAUGUAUCAACUGGUGAUAUUUGGAAACCACUUAGACCAAUUACAAGUGGUAUAUCUGGUGCUGAAGAAAGAAGAGAGAAUAAAAAAGGACAAUUAGAGAUGAUAUUAUUGCAAGAAAAAAGUGAUAAAAAAGAUGUCAGUGAUGGUAAAUUAGUACUGUGUAUAUCAAAGCUUCGUUGUUCAUUGCAAACAAUGCAUGAGCAUGAAUCUCUGAAAGGACAAUUGUAUAUUAAAAUGUCACUAAUUGAAAAUGGUCGUGUUACGAAAUUUUGGAAAAGUGAUCGUUUUUCUCCAACAGCAUCAAUGAAAUUCUCUCAAGAUAAAGCACAAAUAAUUGCUGAUAAUUCAUACGAGGGUGCACUAAAUGAUGUCAGUUUUGUUGUUAAAUUUGUAUCAAAAAAUAAAAUUGGAAAGAAGACAACAGUCGGAUCAUUUGUCAUAGGUCCAGACGUUGGUGGUACAUAUUCAGAUCAAUGGAAACAAGCAAUAGUAAAACCAGGUCAAGCAAUAACGAAAUGGCAAGCCUUCGAGUAAUGAAAAAAUUUAAUUCAACAAUGAUUGUUAAAAUAAUCAUUGACACCGAUUUUUUAUAAACUAAUUUUUUUUCUUUUUUAUUUAUUAAAACCGUCCUACUUAAUUUUUUUUUUGUUAGAUUAAUUAUUUUAUUUUAAAAACCGUCCUAAAAAUUAAACUAGUAUUUUUUUAAUUUUCAACAAAAAGUUUUCUAGUAUUUCGAUUGAAAAAAAAAUAUUUUUAAGAGUUGAAUUAUAAAAAUGUAAUUUGAUUUUUUUAUAAUCAUCUGAUGACGCAUAUUUUUUUUUCAUUUGUAAUUGUAGCUGAGUGUUAAUAUGAUGAAUCAGACUAGAUGUGGGUGUGUCUUUUAUAAAUAAAUAUAAAAAUCCACAUGGAAAUAAAUAAAAGCAUCACUGUGCCAUAAAAAAUCAUCAUAAAAAAAAAUAAAAUAAAAAAGAAUCAUCGCCAUAAAGUUAUUAACAAAUUGAUAAUUUUUAAAUUAAUUAUUAACGAUAUUUUAUUUAUAAUAAUUUUGUUUAUUGUAUUUUUACAUAAAAAAUAAUAUCUGCACUUAAAAAUUGUUUGGAAAUUAAUUUUAAUAUUAAAAAAAAAAACUGUCAAUUUAUUUUUUUAAAUUAUUAAAAUGACAAUAUACAAAUGUAAAAAAACAAAUAUAUAUUAUGUAAAUAUUUAAAUAUAUUUUUGUAUAUAAAAAAAA